AUGUCAAUCGCUGUAUCGAUCACGGAUGCCCCUUUAACACCCAAAACCUCAAAUAAUACACCGGCACCUUCAUCAACACCAUCAACACCAGUUAUCGAUAAUAUAGGGUUACAAGAUCAAGAUACUCCUGGCAAAAUUGUAGAUGUGAAAGAAAGGACACCACUUCAAGAAUUAAAUUUUAAUAACUCUGUAAGAAAAGACCGUGUGAUAAGCAAGCCACGAAAAAAACAUCCGGUGAAGAAGCAAAACUCCAAGAACAAUGAUCAAGACAACAUGAAUAAAAUUUCAGAUAACCAUUCGGCUACAGAGCCGUUAAGAAAAGAUUUAAUCGAUGAUUCACCCAUAAUUAUUGUUGAAUCAGAGACAAGUGAAUCACAAGCGCAGAAAAAAAUUUCGGUGAGACGUAAAUCAAAACGACUUGAAGGUGACGAUGGUGAGAAAGAGUCAACCGAAAGAAAAAAACCAGCAAAAAGAAGAAAAAAAGAUAAAGAUUCACCAAGGAAACCUGCUAAUUCUUACCUUCAAUUUGCAUUCCUUAAAAGGUCAGAAUUUGUUAAAAAAAAUCCGGAAAUGGAUAAGCAUCAAUUAGAUGUACUUCUUGGUAAGACUUGGAAGUCAAUGUCGAAAGCAGAAAAAAAGCCAUAUUACAGAAUGGCAGAAGAGGAAAGAGUAAGGUACAAUGAAAAAAUGCAAAAACACAAUGAGACGGUCAAGCUAAAAGAGUGUGUCAAUAGCGAAGAACAGGAUACAACUUAUGAGAGAGUCAAUAAUGAAAAACAGAAUGCAUCUUAUGAGAGAGCCAAUAGUGAAGAACAAGAUGCUCCUUAUGAUAUUGAUCCAUUCCCUGAUUUCCAAUCAAUGCUUAAUGCACCAUUAUCUUUCGGUCCAUUUGAAUCCAUCUCACAAGAAUCACUUGAUAAUGAUUUUCAUGAUCAGAAAGUUAAUGCCAAUCAACAUACAGCAAAUUCGUCUGUUUCAGUGAAAUACGAACCACUGAGUCCAACUUUACCUGACGUGAAUAAUAACAUAUCUAAUACACUAUCGCAACCUAUUCAUACCUAUGUUGACAGAGUGCAACAAGUGCCAUUGAACGGGCAAUACUAUUCGUCACCGAUGUCUCAACGACUUCAUAAACAAUUCCAAUCUCAGUCCCCAUAUACAGCAUCCAUAAAGUCGGAAUUUGUUUUCGUCCAAAAUAACAAUAAUUCGAAUUUGGCAAUGCAACAACAGAUUCCAGAACAUAUACGACAACCGAUUCCUCGAGUUAACCAACGUCCUCAUCAAAUAAAUUCACAAUCUCAGCAGACUUCUCUAAUGCCAAAUUCACUUCUGUCUCAUAGCAUGUCGCAAAAUGUGAUGUCCCAAAAUAUCAAUCGUCAGCGACAACCACAGCAUGUAAUGCCUAAUUUUUCUCAGAUAUGGCAAGAGCAAGAAACGAUUGCACAAAACAUGCCACAGCAACAAGAGUGUUUACAAACACAAAAUGCAUCAAGCCAACUAACUUCGCAACAGAUUCAAAUACCUCAACAAAUGCGAUAUUCUCAACAAAUAUCGACCAUACCACCACCACCACCAACUCCGAAUAUGUUGCAUACUCAAAUUCCACGACAAAUAAACAAUGGUUUAGCGAUGCAAUCCUUGAAUCAACAGCAACAAAUGGAAAAGCAGUUGCGUCCUGCACAACAACAAAUGCCAUAUCAAACAUGGCAGCCUGUAUUGAUGUAUUCGCAAGAUGUGAGUAGAAAAUCGAGCCAACAAAUGUUGAUGUCUUGUAAUAUGCUUAGACAAAUUAUGCCACAGCCAAUGCCUCAACAGAACCCUCAAAGGAUGAUGCGACGACCUUGGCAAACAAUUCCUAGUCAAACGAAUAAUCAAUUUUUAUCAUAUGAACCAACCCAGCAAUUUGCCUGGCAACAACAACCGAAUGUUGCAAUGUACAAUCCAUGGAAUAAUCAACAACAGAUGUCAGGUCAAAUUGAUAAUCAGAUGGGGUCACAAUUACAAAUAAAUUCACAGAUAGGAUGGUAUUGA